AUGGAAGUAACGAACAAAAGCUCUUCCUUCACUUUCUCUUCCUUUGAUUGCUGCUCUUCCGAGUCCAACCCCAACAAGCCCAGCAGAAUCAAAGGCCCAUGGAGCACCGAAGAGGUUCAAAUCCUAAUCAGACUCGUCGAACGAUACGACCCACAAAAUUGGUCCCUCAUCAGUCGCUACAUUAAGGGUAGGUCCAACAAGUUGUGCCUGCUCCGAUGGUGCAAUCAGCUUAGCCCCCCCAUGGAGCAUCGCCCCUUCUCGGCCCAAGAAAACGACACCAUCAUCGUAGCCUAUGCCAAGUACGAUAACAGGUGGGCCACUAUAGCCCGAUUGCUACCGGGCCGAACCAAUAAUGCCAUUAAGAACCACUGGAACUCCAUUCUCAAGCGUAGAGCCAAAGGUAUUCAAAGAACCGAUAAGUGGCCAUGA